AUGCCUCUCGAACCACGUCUUGGGAAAGCUGUGCUAGCAUCUGUCCUACUGGGCUGCUCCAGUCCUGUUAUUACCAUCGUUACAUCACUUGGUUAUCGAGACCCCUUCGUAAUCUCCGCCAAUGGCGACGACAAUCACCUAACGAAGAAAUUCAAAAGCGCCAUGUCGGGUGGUGUUCAGUCUGAUCAUCAUCUCAUCCUUCAAGCUUUCGGAGCCUGGGAUACAGGGCGUAGCGGAUCGUGGCCUGUCGGUAAAAUCAUGUCUAUCCCUACAUUGCAAUACAUCCGAGAUGUGAAAAGACAAAUCAUUGAUCAUCUUCACAAAUGCAACUUGAAACCAAGGGAUCAUAAUUCGAAUGAUUGGAAUUUGAUACGCGCCUGCCUGGGGAUCGGCUCGUUCCCGAAUGUUGGAAGAAUGGCCAAUCCAAGAGCUUCAGGCCGUCGACAGAAGAUGCAGUUCAAUGUGAUUUCCGCCCCUGAGAGAAAAAUAUUCCAAGCAGCAAACUCAUCAAUGUACGUCGAAAACGGACAUGGCGAGUCAGCGAAUGAGUGGGUAAUAUUCGAUGAAAUGUACCAGAUCGCACGUGGAGCCGUGCCAAAUUUAAAGACCGUUACCGCCAUUCCUGUCCUCCCAGUAGCACUGUUCGGUGGAAUCGAUCGUCCUGUGAUCAGAACUGACGAAGAUGAGGUGUAUCUUCAGUGGAAUCAAGUGAAUUUGAAAUUAGCCUGUCCGGACAAACAUAUCGCGCUGAAAUUCGCCCAUUUACAUCGCGAUUGGAACGCAUUCUUCAAUUACGCGCUAGAAACAAGAAACACUCAAGACGACGGACUUGUUCAAGUUAUCACGACGCUCUUGAGUGCUGACGCCCAGGUUCCAAUUUCUUUUACUGGUGGAAAUCAAGGAGGAAGACAUAGAGAUGACAGAAACAGUGGGCGCUACUUCCGCGGUGCGUUCAAUCGUGGAGGAGGUCGGGGAAGAGGCCGCGGACGAGGAGGCUUCAGAGGUGGGUACAGACAAAAUGCUGCUAAUUUUGCGAAUUAUUCCUGA